AAUGUAUAAACCAAUAAAAAUUCCGGUUCGAAAUUAUUGAUCGCGAUUCGCAUUCCGUUAUCAAGUUCCGGCGUAUAUUAUUAUUUCGGAUCGAGAGGAGUGCUCGCCGGGGAAAUGGAUUACAGCUUAGCGGCGGUGAAGAUGCUUAUCUCCCAGCUCCGGGACGCUAAACCGACGUCUUCGCAGAACGCCACCGCCCUAGGCGGUGUACUCUUUCAACGUGCUUGGUUACAGGGCGUUUUAGUAUUCGAUCAGGUCAUCUCCGAUGGCCGUAUGGUCUUAGAUGACGGGACCGGUCUUGUCGAGCUCGGCCUCUGCAGCGACUUUGCCCAUCGUCAAUGGAAAUCAGGAAUGUACUUGAUGGUUGUUGGUGUAUUCCAAAUCCGUACGGGAGAGAUACCUCUGCUUAAGGUUCAUAAGAUGGUUGACCUGUCGGGAAGCCCAGAUCGUGAAGCCAUGUGGUAUUUAGAAGUCAUGGACGCAUAUAGAUUGUUCUACGAGCCCUUGAUCCAAGAGUUCUCUUGAUUCUUUACUUGGACUUUUCAUUCUGUAGAUUUUCCCUCAAGAGAAAUAUCAGUACAUGAUCAUCUCUUCCCAUUCUUUUGGUUUUAACAGAUUUACUUUUGUUGAGAAGAUAAUCGCUGAGUCGUGAUAUAUACAACUUUUUACUGUUUUA